UCUCACUCUCUCUCUCUCUCUAAUUUAUCAAUCUAUUAUUACAUUGAAAAUGGAUUUUCAUUUUGAUCUAAACUUUACAGAAGAAUCCUCUUCUUUGCCAUCCACAAUCUCCCUCUUGUUCUUCUCCUUUACCUUCAUCUUCUCCAUCUUUUCUCUCUCUCUCUAUAUCUUGCGGCUGAGGCCGUGGUGCAACUGCGACCUCUGCCGCUCCUAUCUCUCCUCAGCCUGGUCGGAGUCGUUCCCAAACCUCUCCGACUGGUACGCAGACCUCCUACGUCGCUCACCUUCUGCUACGAUCCACCUCCACGUCCUCUCGAACCUCGUCACCGCGAAUCCGGACAACGUGGAGCACAUCCUCAGCUCCAACUUCCAAAACUACCCAAAGGGGCAGCCAUUCUCCUCACUCCUAGGCGACCUCCUCGGCCACGGCAUCUUCAACGUGGAUGGCGACACGUGGCGCUUCCAGCGUAAGAUGGCCAGCCUGGAGCUGGGCAGCGUGGCAGUCCGGUCCCACGCUUUCGAGAUCGUGUGGGCCCAGAUUCGAACAAGGCUGAUCCCGGUGAUGUCUGCAGCGGCGAUGGCGACGGCGGUGGACUUGCAGGACGUGUUCCGUCGGUUCUCGUUCGACGUGAUCUGUAGAUUCUCGUUCGGGGUGGACCCAGGAUGUCUGCGGCUGUCGAUGCCGGUGUCGGAGUUUGCGGUGGCGUUCGACGUGGCGUCGAGGGUGUCGGCGGAGAGGGCGAUGGGGACGUGGCCGGUGAUGUGGAGGAUUAAGAGGGCGCUUAAUUUGGGGUCGGAGAGGAGGCUGAAGGAAGCUAUUAAGAUUGUUAAUGGGCUAGCUGAAGAGGUCAUUCGCCACCGCCGCCAAAUUGGCUUCUCCGGUCGGAAUGAUCUUCUUUCAAGAUUCAUGGCUUCCACUCAUGAUGAUCGAUAUCUCCGGGAUAUAGUGGUGAGCUUCCUCCUGGCUGGACGGGACACGGUGGCGUCGGCGUUGACCAGCUUCUUCUGGCUCCUGGCCCAGCACCCGGAAGUAGAGGCUAAAAUUCUGUCCGAGUCGGACCGGGUCAUGGGUCCGGACCGGGACGCGGCGGCGAGUUUCGAGAAUCUCCGAGACAUGCACUACCUCCACGCGGCGGUCUACGAGAACAUGCGCCUCUUCCCCCCGGUCCAGUUCGACUCCAAGUUUGCCGUCGAUGAUGACGUCCUCCCGGACGGCACCUUCGUCCACAAGGGCACAAGGGUAACUUACCACCCCUACGCCAUGGGUCGGAUGGACCGGAUCUGGGGACCCGAUUGCCUCCGCUUCAACCCGGACCGUUGGUUGAACAAUGGUUGCUUCUCUCCCGAAAACCCAUUUAAGUUCCCGGUUUUCCAGGCCGGUCUAAGGGUCUGUUUGGGCAAGGAACUGGCGGUGAUGGAUAUUAAGAGCGUCGCGGUGGCUCUGGUUCGAAAGUUUCAAAUCCGGUUGGACAAACCCGACCGAGUUGCCCGAUUUGCUCCCGGUCUAACGGCUAGUUGGAGGGGUGGGUUGCCCGUUCGAAUUCAAGAAAGAACACCAAAUUAAUUUCCGGUUUGAGGAAAUUUAACUUGUAAUGUACAAAUUAAUGUUACAUACCUUUAUAAAUUAUUUCAAAUGGGGUAUUAGCAUUUUUGUGCUUUUUAGAUCAAAUGGGUCAAGAUAGAUUGACCUAAUCCUCCUCUAGUUAAUUAGUAUACAUCACAAAUGUAAUUUAUAUUUUGAAAUCUUUAUUUUAUGUUCGAACAAAAUU